AUGGCAACGAUCUCUACAUCGCAAGCCCAUACCAGCUUGACACCGCCAAGUAGUUCUCACGGUCAAGAUUCUUGGAAUUAUUCUGUGCCAGUAGAGCCGACCUCACCUUCUGCCGUCACCGACUAUCAUAAUCACAAUCGACAAAUUUCCCAAACAAACGGUUACCCAUUACGUCCAAGUACAGAAACCUUUGGUCCUCGCCUCGAUCAUAACCAUUUGGCUCCAGCUCGCGCAAAUGAAUUAAAUCGACAGAACAGUGACAUCAGCGAUACUCCUAGUGCUCCUGAUAGUUUAUUGGAUUCAUAUGGAAAUAACAAAGGUGGUCGAAGUAUGGAUUCUGGGGGGAAGAAAGGUAUGAAUGGUGGAACGUAUGAAAUGGAUGAUGUGGAACAUUCUCGGUGGAUUCACAGAGACAAAUUGGCCCGAAUUGAGAAUGAAGAAUUACAAGCAGCGGGAAUCCCGAUACCUCGUCCAAGAACAGGAAGCAAAUCUAGUCGACGGGAUCGUAGUCAAGAUGCCAGUAAUGCCAUUCGAAGUGAGGGGCAAAAAAGGCAGAAGAUGGGGGCGAAUGGAGAUGGAGAAGGUAAUCCUUGGGAUUUACGAUUACCUGAAGAGUCUGCUGGAGAUUUAGGUGCGAAAGGUAUAUCGAAGAUACCAAUAUCGAAAACGAGUCCCCUACCAAUACCGAUCGAUUACCUCGAACGAGACACACCUAUAGCUCGGAAAACAAGCAACAAUUGGUAUGACGAGGAGGACCCAUUAUCAUUUAAGCAAGCAAGAAGCCGGAGUCACAGUGUCAAAAGUUCACUUAUACUUGAUGAUGCUACACAGUCUUCUUCAAAUGUUCCAAUGCCUACUCCUGCCAGAGUAUCACCUACACCUGCUCGUGCAUCGCCAUCCGAACGAUCUCCUACAAAGAAAGCGCCAGGACGGAAAGGAUCUAUUGGCGCAAAUGCCGCACUUCCCGGAGGUAGACAAACAUCAACACAAAGACAAAAACAAAAGCCGAGCGGAACAAACGCGCCAGAUAUACGACCAAAAACUCGUUCAGGCGACUUAAUUAAUACAUCAAAACGACCUGAAGGUGACCCACCUUGGCUGGCUACUAUGUACAAACCUGAUCCUAGAUUACCUCCCGAUCAACAAGUAAUUCCGACUCAUGCAAAACGUAUGCAACAAGAACAAUGGGAGAAGGAGGGUAAAUAUGGAAAUGUUUAUGAUAAAGAUUUUAGGCCAUUAAAUCAACAGGGAUACAGACCACGCCCGGAUUCAUUUUCGCCACCACCAGAUGGACCAGAGGAAUCAAAGUCAGAAGAACAAGCUCCAGAAUGGCCAUUAAGCGCUCCACAAUCUCCAUCACCAGUUUCGCCAGUCUCACCUGUUUCCGCCAUGACUCCUAAAUCACCUACAUUAAGUACGGGUCCUAGAUCACCAGUGGAGAGAGCAUCAAGUUAUAGCACAAUGCCAAAAAUCGCAACUGGUAAACCGCAAGGUGUUAAUAUCCCAGAUCCUAAGCCACCAAUUCGUGUUCAAGAUUCUCCUGAGUCGAGCAAAGGUUGUGGCUGUUGCGUCAUCAUGUAA